AUGAUCCGACCAACUGUUUCAUCCGUCGUUCCGCUGCUUAUGCUGGCCAAGCUGGCAGCGGGCAUUGGCUGCAACACGCACAGCUACACCACCUGCGAUGAUGGCAUCGUCCACUGGUUCGACCCUGAAGACGGGCAGAUUUGCGACCCCCUAGACUGCGGUGGUGGCCGAGCUCCUCCCAAGAAGAACCCUGGUUGCGCUGGCUACACCGGAACUGAAGUUCGCACCAUUUCCUAUCUCUCGUGCUGGAAGGACUUUGCCACGGCCACCGAAGGUUUCGCUUCUGCUGAGCCCACCACGGAGGCAGAAGUAGAGACUGAAACCGAUGCUGAGACCGAUACUCAGCCUGUUGAGACCGAGUCGAGCGAGUCAAGCCCUUCUACCACAACGGCAGUUGACUCAUCGACCGCAACAUCCGCUGCUGCGACUACCUCAGCCGCUACCCUGUCGACACGAACGCAAACCUCUACCGAUGAUAAAACCUCUACCGCCGAGGAUGAAACGACUACUGAGGGAGCAUCGGCUUCAACUGCAGGCAACAAGGCUUCAUCUGCCGAAAACGAAGCCUCUACUGCAGGAAAUGAAGCUUCUACUGCCGAGAACGAGGCAACAACACCAACAACCACCCCCAACGCGGGCCAGAUUCUACGAGGCUCGGUGGUUGCUGUUUUUGGUUUUGCAGUUGGGGCGAUCGCCUUUCUUUGA